UGAACAACGCAGGGAGAGACAAGAUUCCAGUAUGCACAAGAACUGUCCAGCAUUGUACCAAGUAUGUAAAAUAUUUAUCUGUUAAAUAAAUGCUAGUCUUGAAAGAUGUAAUGUAAUGGAGACUUUUCCAUAUAUGGAAUAUGUCAUGGGUGUUUCUUAAACUAGUUCCACUUUGUGUUGUUGUUAGUUAUAGGCUAUUAAAACUUUUGGUUGCACUUUAUUUAACAGUACAUGUACACCUAUAGUGUACAUACAGUGUACCUACCAAAGAAAGUACUGGGUAGUAUGAGGUAACUACAUGGUGUAAGUUUAGGUUUAGGGGUAGGUUCAGGGUUAGUACCUACCCAGUUAUUAUAUUUACUGUAAUAAUUUCACAGUAUGUACAUGGGAAACAGGACUGUAAAAAAAAGUGCUACCAAACUUUUUUUUGUUUUGUAAACAUUUUACUUCACACUUGACCCAGACUUUCAAUUCAGUUCAAUUAAAUUUUUUUCAUAAAUAGGCCUUUUCACAAUUUUGCAUUGUUGCAAAAUAAAUGUUAGAGCUGCCUAAACUGAAUAUAGCUUGCAGUGACAUUCUUUAAAAUACAUAAGUGCACUUGUUUUGUCACACAAUGCAUACCAGUAAAGCUUUUUUGUAAGGCAUGAUUGUAAACACUGCUUGAAUGUCCUAAAAACCACCUCAAUAUAUGGUAUUAUAAUGCAUGGUAACUAGGGAUGUAACAGUAUUAUCGCUAUCGUGUUAUCGCAAUAGCAAAAUUGCCUCAAUAUUAUCGUGGUCACAUGACUGUAUGAAACGAAAGGUCUUCCGGGCCUAACAUAGAGAAUGUUUGAAAAAUAAUAGAUGUUACCUUUGACAAAGUCCAUCUGGUGCAAUUAUUUUAUUUUAUAAAAGGGAUUUUUAGGUCAUUUGACCCAUCUCAUAACUCAUACCUCUAAGCAACAGUUAUGAUUAGAGGAUAAGGAAAAGAGGAUGCUUAUUCCAAGUCAUCAUUUGUCAUUUUAAAUAUUGCAAUAAAUAUCGUACCGUGAACGUCAUACUGAGGUAUUAUUGUACAGUGAGAUUUUGAUAUCGUUACGUCCCUAAUGGUAACUGCAAAAAAAAUCUUGACUUACCUUAGAUUUUAAUGUACCGGUCACAGGUCAUUUGACCUUACUUUAAAUUGGGACUAGCUUUAAAUUGGUGUAACUUAUAAAAACAAGUUAAAAUGUAUUAACUUAUUUUUAUGACUUAAAAUAAUAAUAUAUGUUGCCGUGACUUAUUGAGCACAUCAUUCUUAACAGUGUAUGAAAAUUGAAUGAUAAUCUAAACAAAUUUCAGUAUAUAUUGUGGAUUUAUAUUGAUAAAUUUGUACAUAAAUAUAGUUUCGAGCCGAUGUGCAUUUAUCAAGAUUUUUGCCACUUGCCAUUUUAUUUCUCAAAGAUUUUGCAUACUUGGUUACCAAGGAAACGAUGUGGCAAUGAAAAAUAUGCUUCAGAGGACAUAAGAAACACGAUGAACAAAGAGAAAUACAUCAAUAAGCUCACCAAAUAGAAUUUGAAGGCCAUACAAAAUCUCCAUAUGCGACAAAGGAUUCCCAAAAUCUCCUCUUGUGGCCCUUCUCACUUAUUGAUACGCUCGUGCUUUCAAACAGGUGCAUUAAGAUAUUUCAUCUGAGCUUCACCAACCCUUCCUCAGGCAGCUUUACAGAGUCAACAUGAAAGAUAGCUAUAGUGGCUACGAGAAUCAGCUUUUCAAUGAGGACUUAACUGGUGAAGAGGAAGAUAAUCCUCCUUUCAGAGGAAGGACAAGAGGUGGAUGUAUGAAAUGCCAGCAGUCACAUUCUCUCCAGCUAGCUGUCAAAAUGCUCUAUGGCUUUUUAGCUUUGCUCAUCAUUGCCGUGGCCGUCUUGGCAUCCCUUGUCUUUAGGAGAGUCGACACCUUAUCCGAAGAGGAGUCGUUUUACCAAAAAAAGAUUUCCAAAGUCCAAGAGAAUAUAAAAGACUUCAGUGCAACAAGCAACUAUUCCAACUGUUUAGACGUUGCACAAUUCCAAGUGGAGAUUGCCAGAUUAAAAAAAGAGUUUGAGGACAUCCAGAAGAAAGUUUUAGGUCAAGAGCACCAGUUGGACCAGUCCACUCAAUCCCAGCAAAAUCUGAUGCAAUCCAGCAACAGAAUGACGCGAGAUCUUCAGGCCUUUGGAAUCACCAUCAAGCGUAUUAACCAAUCUUUGGCCCAGUACUUGGAUCAGGUGACCGGUUGGCAGGUUGUCAUCAACGAAACCGAUCAAGGAUUGAAAACUCUUGUGGAAGAUCAGUACGAUUUGAAGGCCACAGUGCAACAGGUCAACACAACGGUUGCUCUCAGUGCGUUGUGGAUAGGUGCUCUUCAGAGGAAGGCCGAAGAGGAGACCAUGGUGCUUCAGAAAAUAACAAUGGACUGGCAGAACUAUAGCAGAGGUUUAAGCACGCUCAAAUCCAACUCCAGUGUGACCACACAGACCCUAAGAACCCUUCAGAGUUCCAUUUCUGCUACCCACCAGCAGAUCAGCAUGAGCUCGGAGAUGAUUCAUGAUCUCACCCUACAGGUCAUGAACCUUCAGAUGCAACUGGACAAUGUGUCUUCCUACAUCGAUGAACACGAGGAGAACAUGCAUGACCAUCAGUACCACGCCAAGUAUUAUGAGAACCGUACCGGAGAACGAUUUGUGACCCUGGAUGCAAGAAUGAAUUCCAUCGAAAUGGAAAUCGACACAAUCUCCUCCAGCAUUAACGCCACCGUCAGCCACGUUCAGAGCAUGUACAAGUACAUUAACAUUGAAAGUUCCUCUUGCCAAUCCAGACUGGGCAGUCACACGGAAGAUCUGCAGAACCUGAACAACACUGUCUUGCUGCUUCUUCACCUGGCGGACACUCUCAGGAUGCAGUACAUGAUGCUGAGUUUUCGCCUUGAUGCCGAUGUGAGGAACCUCUCCAUGGUGAUGGAGGAGAUGAAGCUGGUGGACACCAGUCAUGCACAGCUGAUCCAGAACUUUACCAUUUUGAAAGGUUUACCUGGUCCACCAGGUCCAAAGGGAAACAGGGGAGAACCAGGAGCCAGAGGACUUGAAGGCCUCAUGGGCAUCAAGGGAGACAGAGGACUUGCUGGAAACCGUGGGUCUCAAGGGCCGAAGGGUUUUGCGGGAAUUAAGGGUGAUCAAGGUUUCCCAGGAGUUUACGGUAUGAAGGGGGCUCCAGGAUCUAAAGGGGAAAAGGGGUCUUUAGGACAACCAGGGCCUCGUGGUGAAAAGGGACAGAAGGGAGACAUGGGGGUUCCUGGGAAGGAUGGAGCUCUUGGCCCUAAGGGCCCUACGGGAAUCCAGGGCCAAGCUGGACUCCCAGGGAUACAUGGGCUUAAUGGUCCUUCAGGACUCCGUGGACUUACGGGACCACCGGGGCCACCUGGACCAUCUGGACCUCCAGGGGAACCUGCACAGAGGUCAUGAACAGAUAAAUUAUUUCUCUGUUCCUAAAAAAGGGUCAAUUUCCUUUGACCAAAUGUUGAUACACUGACUGCCCUUCUGAACAGAGUGAUUAGUAUAUUGAAGAGCUCUUUCAAAACAAGACAAUAAUGGGAACACAUGGCCCACAUCUACUUUGCCCAACAUGGAGCUUGCUUGUGUUUUCAAUGGUUACCGAGCCAGGCUGCUAUGAAUCCAUUGAUGAAUGUGUUACUGCCAAAUGGCCACAAACAGAAACAUAAUUUUGACGGUAAUCAUUUGAUUACGAAACAAUGCAUUGACUGCAUGAGGAAACUUCCGGUUGACUAUAUGGCAAGGAAUGUCAGACGGUUUUAAAGAUACCAAGAACAGAAUGUUUUUUGUGAUUCUUGUGUACUUUAAUGCACUUUUAAUAAAGCAUGCUUGCAACACUGUGUGACACAUUCAGAUGGAGCUUUAUAAAAGUAUAAGUAGUGCAGCAGCAUCCAUUUUGUAUUUGCGUCAUAAUCAUAAAAGUUCAGAGCAGGUACUCUGGUGAUACAUAAUUGUUAUUGUGUGAGUUUGAGUGUAGUAAAUAUUUCCAGGCAUCUGCAGUAAAUAGCAUCAUCUAUAACAAAAUGCACAUGAAUAAAAAAACUUUAUAGUUGCUGGAAUUGCAGUUAUUCUUGUGAACAUGCUAGCAAUAAACAGUGCAACCUUUGUUUUUAAUAGUUGUCU